CAUUUCCUUUCUUUUCAAUUGUCUCGUCUUCCACUUAGCGUCUCUCACUUCUCAGUUCUCUCUCAAGCACGCAUCUCAAUCUCAGGUUCUCUCUCUUUUUAUCUCUCCAUGGUUUCGGAUUCUCAAUUCUGUUUGGUUGAUCAGAAAUAUUAGUAGGAAAAAGCACACGAAGGAAAACUUAGGGCUAACUGCUUCUUGGCUUGAAUUAGAGCUUCUGUUUCUACAUCUCUCUCUCUUUGUUUCUAUUUUUGUUUCUUUUUUGAUGCUUUUGAUUCAAUCUUCAUCUUGCAGUUCAUUUUAGAAAGUUUUUAAUCGAAGAGUCCUAGCUUCCUUUUCUUCCAGAUUUUGUCUAAGUGAACAUAAUCAAGUACCUGAAGCAACAACAAGAUGGUCUCCUUUGAAAUGAAUGACCGCAAGAAGAUUGGGCUAGGCUUGACAGGAUUUGGCAUAUUUUUCUCAUUCUUGGGCAUCAUUUUCUUCUUUGACAAGGGAUUACUUGCCAUGGGAAAUAUCCUCUUUAUCUCAGGUGUGAGUCUAACUAUUGGGCCAAAAUCCACCAUACAGUUCUUCAUGAAACGUCAAAACUUUAAGGGAACUAUUUCAUUUGGUGCUGGCUUCUUCUUUGUUGUCAUAGGAUGGCCAGUUAUUGGCAUGAUUUUGGAAGCAUAUGGGUCCAUUAUACUCUUCAGUGGCUUCUGGCCAACACUGGCUAUUUUCCUUCAGAGGAUACCUAUUCUUGGUUGGGUCUUUCAACAACCAUUUAUUAGAUCGUUCGUGGAUCGCUAUCGAGGAAAAAGAGUUCCUGUGUAAUUCAUAAUCAGAGAGAAGUGCAACUAACCUUUGUACUUGUCCAUGUUGAACUACGGUAAAGGAUACUGUCUGGCUCCAGACCUUUUUUUUUUUGGGUUUAGAGAUGCAAUUCUGGGAUUGAAGGAAAGUGCAACUAAGGUGCAGAUAGGUUAUAAAUCUUUGUAAACAAUAUUUCUAGCUUUUAUUUUUUUUUAUUUGUUUGCAUAUUGUAGAAGAUUAUUGUGAUUUGACUAAAGAAGGAAAUUAGAAUGAUUACAGGGUAUUCUUCA